AUGCAGAGACAAGUUGAGCUUACUGAUGGUGUUAAUGGGGUUGGCGAAAAAGAUGAUUUCAACCCAAGUGCGCAGCCUCCAUUAGAGGUCAAGAAUCCAUGGAGGUAUCUGAGUUAUGUUAUCAGAGAUGUCUUUGUGGUCUUUGCAUUGGCAGCAGCUGCAGCCUACUUCACUAGUUGGUCUUUUUGGCCACUCUACUGGGCUGCUCAGGGGACCAUGUUCUGGGCUAUAUUUGUUCUUGGACAUGAUUGCGGCCAUGGAAUCUUUUCCGACAACCUCAUUCUAAAUAGUUUGGUGUGGCAUAUCUUUCAUUCUUCAGUUCUUGUAGCUUGCCAUGGAUGGAGAAUUAGCCACAGAACUCACCACUUGAACUAUGGGAGUGUAGAGAAUGACAAGUCAUGGUUCCCGUGUCCUGAAAUGAGCCCUGAUGUUCAGCACUUAAGAGUUGUUGAACUUGGCAAUAGUGUUGAAGGUAGAGGCAUAGAUGUACCAGUAAGGGUAGGCGAAGGUUAUGGAGAAGCCUAUAAGAAGCCACGGGUUGCAGAAAUUCUUGGAUGGAUUGGAUUUACUACUGUUGCCUUCGGGUUCGUACUGCUGACAACUUUGUUCUUCGUCGAGUCUCGUGUUUGCUAA